CUCAAAAAUGAUAUUUUCCUGGUUAAUUCUGGCAUGAUUCGGUUGCAGGUAUGACGCCCGGCGGCGAGGGGGCGUGCCUGAAGCGAUACACGGACCCAUCCUUGUUCAGAGCCCAGUCUGCCAAGCAUGAGCUUUUCGUGCAGGAAACCAAACCAAACCUCCUGCCGAGGAAGCCCACCACAAAUGCUCCAAAUUCAAAACAAGCGCGUUGCUCGAUACGCUCCGGCAACUUAAAUAUCGACACAUUAUCGGAAGAAUCAGACGUCAAAUGCACAUCACUCACAAUCAGGAUUCGCCAAAAGAUGAAGCAUCCGAAGCACACGUUUUGUCUUCAGCUGAUUCGCCUGAAACAUCAAACACCAGACUGUUGUGCUCUGCUGUGCCGGAGAAGGAGAGAAGCAGUGACCUCAUCGAGAGGACAAGUUCGUUCCGGGCAUUGCUCUCCGAAUGCAGCUUCUACUCAUGCUUAUGACAUCUUACAAGAAACCAAUGCUGAUGGAUCUGCCAGCCAUGCGCAAAGAAGGCCGACGAGAAUGCCAACAUUGCGACAAAUGCUCGUAGCGCCUUUAACGAAUUCAUUGCCUUGAGCGUCGAAAGCUCGCCGAGGAAGCUCUCUGUCAAGAAGCACAGUGACCCUUUAACAGAAUCCUUUGAGAACAUUGCUAAGAGCAUCUUCAGCCGCGUCCCCAACAGGCCCCCAGGGCGACUUUUUUCGCGCCGGCGCCGA